AUGUCUAUUAUAUCCACAUCUACCCAAGAAUCAAAGAAAAAUAAAACUCACCUUGGAAUAAUUCAGCUCACCAACCACACCGACCUCCCCACCCCCCAAAUCAAACCCGACACCCCGCCCCGCGAAAUAUUCAUCAGCAAAACAGGCUCCCAGCCCAUCCACGGCGCGUUCCCGCUCUACGACGAGCUCUCCCUCACCACGGUAGCUGGCAAUAUCAGUGCCACUAUCUACCCGCAACCCGCUCGUAGAAGUCAUCCGCAUAUGCCGGCUCGAGUGCGGAUUCGGUCUGGGUCGGGGAGUAUACAGGUUUCGUUUGCUGCGCCGGCAUCUAUAUCGGCGAUGUCUCAGCAAAAACCACAGCCACAACAAGAGACAGAAAAAGAGGAAGAAGAAUGGAGUCAUGCAUGUGGUUAUACCUCUUCUCAUGCGCAGUGCAGCAGAGACCAACCCCAAGCCAAUAUCUUCUUCUUCGAGUCCCUACCAUCUCGUCACUACGAGGUUGAUAUCGAGACAGACUCGGGCUCGAUCUCUGGUAUCUUUGUUUUCUCGAGUCAUAUCCGCCUCGUGACAAGGAUAAAUAAUUAUACAGAAGGAUACAAUGACAAGGGAGAAGAUCGAGAAGAAAGAGUGCCAGACGGUUCCAUCAACGCACUUCUAAUCCCAUUCAUCUCCGACACCACCGCCUUACCCCCAUGCUCACACUCAUUACUAUCAUACUCGGACGGAACUCGUAAUACCUCUGCAUCAAUUCUCACGCAGACGGGAUCCGGCAACCAAAGUAUCCGACUCGCAGACCCGGUCACUGCAUUUGAGGGCAGCAACAAGGAAAACAAGAGAAACAAGAACAAGUCGGAGACCAAAAGAUUCGCCUAUCUCUCCAUGUGGACUCUCUCCCCAUUCCCAUUCCCAUUUUCCAAAACGGAGACUGCAGCCGUGUCCCCGCCUCCGGCUGUCGCAUCGCAUAUCAGUUCUUCUGCGGGGAAUCUCAAUAUCACGUAUCCGGGCUUGUGGACGGGCCAUGUACGAGCGCGUUCGGGGUUAGUAUUGUCUGAUGAGGCGGCUCGGAUUAGUGGGUUGGGGAUGGAGGUUGUUAAUGCUUCGAGUCAUAGUGCUUUUGCUCAAAGAUAUAUUGGACAAAGGGAGAAGAAGAAGAAAAGGAGUGCAAGUGCUGGAACUGGGUGGUGGGGUAGCAGGGGGGAUAUGGAUGUCUCGGUGUGGUCGGGACGAGGGCAUAUUGUCUUUCAUGUUGAGUGA